CCCAGCCAAGCCAAAGUCGCCUGUGCGUCGGCUGCACGACAAUCCGUGCAAGUUUUCGCAUGUACUUCGCGUGUUGUCAUGUCCGGCGCCAAAACAUGUUGUUUGGAUCUAAAAUUGCUUGACCAUUGAGAGUGCGCUUCUUUCACGUCCUUACUGAUCACUCGGUCAUUUUAAAGCAGUAAUCAUGGCCAGGAACGCCGGUGAUAUCGAUGAUCCACCCAGAAAACCGGUUAUGUUCAUGGGCCGCAACAUAGAAGAAAUACCUUGCUUUAGGCAAGUUUUCAUCACUGGAAUUCUCAGCGGCCUUGGCAUAGGAUUUGGCACGUUUAUGCUGACAAGCAGGCCUCGGCGGUCCGCAGACGCAGCCGUGUAUUCGUUCGUCGGCAUUACAAUGUUCUACUGGUUUUACUGUCGGUACCAGUUCUCUGUACAGAACUUCGAGUAUCGGAGGUUGCAGAGGGAGAUCCAGGCGGCCAUUGUUGAACGAGGCAGUGACCAGAAGCCAGACAAGCCGAAGCCAAAACUAGAAGAUGCAUAACACGUGCGACCAGUGAAGGUAACAAUGUCCCCGCCUGCAAAUUUAUACUGUAGUAAAUAUUAUUCAUUACCAUA